AUAUAAACGCGCACACGUUCUUUUCAUAACACUGACGACAUGGACCAGUCACGAUUCGUUUUUGGCUAAUUUCAUAAGAACUAAGCGAGAUGCUACGGAUGAAGAGAUCAUUACAGCGUAUAAAAAGCAACAAGUGGUCAGCGGAACCAGCAGUAAAGCGAAACAAUUUGCGUUCGACGUCGAUAGUAGCAUAGCUACUGAGGCCGCUUUUUACGAGCAAAAAUAUAUCGACAGAUAUGGGGUUCUUCAGACCUUUCUUGAUCACAUAAAUGAUUCAUUAAAUAAAUGGGACACAGUAAAAUAUCAUUCAUCAGUAGCUCUGGUGCAAGCAUCAACUAUAGGGAAGUCAAAAAUGUUAUGGGCAGCUGCAGAGCAUGUCUAUAUGGUUUAUGUAUGUCUUCAUAACAAAAAAUUAUCUGGUAACAAGACAGAUUGGUUCAAAGCCCAUACUUUGAAUAAUCAAUCAAAAUUUUGGAAUGUUAUUGAAGAGGGAAUGAAGAAAUGCAUGGAUGAGGUUCAAAAUAUAAUUGGCAGCAGAAAUGAUUAUGAUAAAGCAGAAUGGCAUUCCAUCAAGCAGUUAGUCAAGACAUGUUGGGAUUCUUCAAAAGAAAUUUUAAACAGUGGUGAAUCAGAAAGUGGGAUACAAUUAUUAUUCAUAUUUGAUGAAGCCAAAAUACUGACUGAAGAAGAAACAAACUUUGAAUGUUUACAACAUGCACUAGCUACCCUACCAACAUAUGAAUCAGGAGGCUGUGCAUUUGCUAUUUAUAAUGUCACUGAUACAGCAUCAAAAAUAUCAAACUUUGCUCCAUCAUCUUGUUGUGACCCUUCUUGGCACAUUCAGAAGAACAGAUUAGCCCUGUAUCCACCAUUUUAUCAUAUUGUCACAUUGGACACUUUUAUGACACAAGAAACAGAACCAAAGACAUUAAAGCAAGUGGCAUCACUGCAGUACUUCUUUCAUUAUGGGUGGCCUCUUUAG